GCCUGUGAUCUGCAAGGCUGCAGGGUGGCUGUGAUCAGUUUCCCAGCAGCUCAGCGCUCACAGCGCUCCCUGUCCCUCGACUCGUUUCACGUUGGGAGCCCAGGCCUUUGUUGUCACCCUGUUUGGUGGCAACCCAGUACAGUCUCUGGUGUCGUGCGUGAUUAAUCUUUUUUUUUUUCUUUAAAAAAAAAGAUCUGGGUAGAGUUACAAAUCCCGCGGCCGCGGUGAGUUAGACCCUGUUAAUGUUUAAUGCCCGUCUCUGUUCAGGCCGGUAGCUGGUGAGUUUUCAGUUACCUUGAUUACUGCUCGCAGCUGCUGGUGGGUUUCAGUCGCCCAGUGUCGGUUUCUGAAGCGCCCUCCGGGCCGGGGGUCCAGGGCUCCGGGGGUCUUACCUGUCUUACCUGCCCACUCUCCUGGGACGAUCCCGCGCCUCCCCGGCAGCGAGAAAAGCCGAGCCGAGCCGAGCCGAGCCGGCACCGCUCGCCGGAGGUCCUGCGGGAGGCGGGUCGGUCCGCUCGCUCGGAUAUCGAGUUUCAGGAGAUGGGAUCCGCGCGAUGACACAUCCGCGCGUCUCCUCUCGCUCGGCCCCCGCCUCUGUCCCGGAUCCCGGGCCGGGUACUUAAGCGCAACGGGAGCUCUGGGACGCGCCAGUCCCGGUCCACGACUGAGUCGGACUCUUCCACUGCGAAGCGCGGUCUCGUCCCACGCGAGGUCUGAUUGCGCCCAGGUACGUCACAUCCUCUGGGAAGAGCGUCACCGGGGGCCAGUGCGGACCCCUGACCCUGUCCGUGCUGGACUCGUCCCAGCCCCCCAGCAGCCCCCACAGUUCCCAGGGGAGCCCCCGAGGCGAUGGGGGAGACGGAGAAGAGGCGCCCCCCGAUAGCGGGCCGGGAGAAGGGCCCUGGGCCAGGCCGAUACGCCCUGCCGCCCACGAUCGGCUUCGCUGGGCACGACUUCACCCGGCCCGCCGGUCCCGCCUACUCCUUCCACAGCAGGAUGAGCAGCGUCAUGUACUCUGUGGACUCCAGUCCUGGCCCGCGGUACUACAUCGACGCCAAGCUGACCCGCUUUGGAAGAGACGGCAGCCCAGCGUUCUCCAUGCUCGGCCGGGCUAGAGGCUCUGCAGGUCAUUCCCAGACUCCGGGGCCCGGGGCCUACAGCCCAGAGAAGGCCCCACCUCUGAACAGGCAGUGCCGACCUCCUUCCUACACCAUGGGCUCCCGCACCAGGUACCGCACCGUGGACGCCGUGCCACCCCCCAACAGGUACACUCUGCCAGCGCUGCUGGGCUCCAGAGUGCCCACGAAACCCGCCAGCGCCAGCUACACCGUGUCGGGGCGCACCAGGUCGAGGAGUCACUCGGAAGACCUGUGCGGGACCCCGGGCCCGGGGCGCUACAACAGCACGGACCCCAGCGUCUACCUGGCGCGACGGCCCGCCUUCUCCAUGCUGGGGCGCCACGACGUGCCCUCCGACGCCACCAGGAAGCCGGGCCCUGGCACGCACGACGCCGAGAAGGUCACGGCCCACAAGCCCCGCGCCCCUGCGUUCUCCCUGGGGAUCAGGCACUCCGAGUUCGUGACGCCACUCGUCAUCGACGUUUCAGACUGAAGCCCCGCGUGUCCGUAUCGCAUCACAAACGUCUCAGUCUGAUGUUUUUCCCCCUUCGUGCACAGCCUAUCAUCGAGCAUCUUCACUUCAGUCCACCGGCUUCCUUUCUCAGUGUGGGUGGCACAGUAGACGCUCUUCCUCUUCAGUGUUUGAGAGGAUGGCCGGUUUCUGAGGGGUGAUUGUAUCAGCACCCAGGUCUAAGGUUUUCUGCAACACCGCAGAAGGACGAGAGCUGCACACGUCAAACCUCACAGCAGAGCUGAGCUCUUGCACGUUCAGUUCUGGGAUUUUAUUGUGUUUACGCUUUUGCAACUAUUGGUUUUACGAGUAUAAAACAUUUCUGAAUUAUUUUCUAAUCAGCCACGUGUACUGUUUGCGUUUUCACUCACACUUACAGUAUCACAAUAGAUGGCCCCUCUCUCGUUGGUGCAUUCACAUAUUGGACUGUUAAAAAAAUAGACAGGUUCACAUUUAAUCUGACAAAUAGAUACUAUUACAGCUCAGAUUAGAUGUUAAAAUAAUAUAAGAAUGAGAAAUAAGGUGCUUGUUAUAAAUGACCAGCUCCUGGAGAUGGGACCUCUGUACAAACAGGGAGUUCCAAACAGUGAAACCAAAGAAAUACCUCAGGGAAGAUGUGCAUAAGUCCACUCCUGUAGGGCUAGAAGGUUUCUGAUUUUAUUUCCAGCUGAGCCCUUUAAUAAACUCAGGACUUAGUUAA